AUGCUGCUGAACGCAUCUCUCCGCACAACGGCCGGCCGCCAACGCCAACCCCGCCGACGCUCUUCACCACCACGGUCAAGACCCGUAUCAACACUUCUGGCCUUCGGGGUGUGGGCGGCCGCCGGGGUGGGGCUUCCCAGUGCAGUCGCAGCCUCGAGCAGUGCCGCGGACAAGUCACGGCUUGGCAACAGCGACUUCUCCUCCCUCGACCUCAUGCGCACCGGUGCCGGUGUCAACGUCGUGUCGGUCGGAGUCGGCACCCCGGCUCAGACGGUCAACCUCACCCUGUCGCCAAACGUCAUUUACGUCGCGGUCGCAACGAGCGACUGCCAGAACUGUGUCGAGGACGGGAGCGGGUUCAACUCGGCCUCGUCGUCGACGUUUGAUUCGUCGAGCCAGUCUAUCGACUACACGUUCAAUUACCCUGGCGGCUCGGACGACACGCUGAACUUUGUGGGCAAGUUUGUUGACGACAACCUCACCAUGGGUAUCUUGAACGACAAUGAGACAUGGCCAAUUGUCGCAGUGUCAAACGUGACAGACGCUGGAGCGCAGGAGACGCUCAGCGACGGCACGGCGGGGUUCUUUGGUCUCGGCGUCGACACUGCCCAGCUCUCGCGGUCCAUCAUCCCCGCCAUGCUCAUGAACGACAACGGCGGCUCACUCACAGACGUCAGCUUUACCGUUGGCUUCGACAUUGACAGCUAUGGCCAGAAACCUGGCAGUGCCGCUGGGACCGUCUACUGGGGUGGUGUGCCAAACGACACAUACACCGGCGCGUUCAACUGGCUGGCUGCCGACCCCAACCAAGGAUGGCGUUUCGCAAUCGACACCAUCACCGUCGGCAGCCAAAAGCAGGACACGAGCGCCUACUUUGCCACGUUGGACCCAGGAUUCGACCCCAUCUACGUGCCCGCCGCCUUGGCCGAGUCACUGUUUGCAGGCGUGAGCGGCGCGGCGCGCGACAGCGUGUACACCGACAGGUGGAACGUCAACUGCAGUGCCGAAAUCAGCAUGGUCGUGCGAAUUGGUGGCCAAAACUACAAUGUCAACUCGUCCACCUUGGUCACAAACCGCGAUGUGGCCGGGCGGACAUGCUGGUCCAACAUUGUUGCGUGGGGGGAGGGCUCCGUGCCAGAGUCGAGCGGCGAGAUUCGCCUCGGCACGUCCUUUAUGAGUGGUGUCUCGUCGGUGCUCUACUAUGCCAACGAGUCGAGCUACGUCGGGCUGGCUGCCAAGCCCGCCACAGUCAAUGCCAACAACCUCACGGUACUCCCUGGCCCAAACCACAAGGUCCUGGCCGCAGUGCUGGGCACGCUUAUCCCGCUCCUCGUCAUCGGUCUGGUCCUGUUCUACAUCCACAAGAGCAGUGAGCGCCAAGGGUUCCUGUGGUUUGCCAUGCGUCAGCGCCAAGAGAUGGCCGCCGAGGCCAUGGUAGCGCGCUCCGUGGCCAUGGAGGCCGCGAUGGCGCCUCCGAUGGCAAUGGCGCCUCAGAUGACUGGCAUCGCUGGGGUGCCGCCACCGUUCUACCACCAGCCUCACAUGGUGCCCGCACCGGGCAUGCCGCUGGCUCCUCAUCUCCAGCCCAUGCUCCCGCAGCCCACAGGCGGUGUCUAUAUACCGCAGCCGACCGGCGGCGGCGUGUACCUCCCUCCAGCCGGCCCACACCCCGUCCCGAUGGCACCGCAGAUGACGGGCUACCCCGGGCCGCUCCCCAUCGAGCGCUCGCAAGGCAACGUCGCAUCCCUCGUCUCGCGUUUCCAGACCGCGGCCGACCGCGAUGCCCUCGCGGCGGGGCGGCGCACGUCCCUGCCAGCUCGGCGGCUGAGCCACGACGUUGUCGUCCCUCUGCCCGGCAUGGCAGCGCUGGGGAGCAUUCCCAUGGUCCCCAUCGGCGCCAUGGGCAGUGCUGUCGCAGCAGCAGCAGCAGCGGCGGCGGCGGGGGCAACGUCUUCACGCGCGCCGACACCGUUAGCACCCGUGGCGCCGAACGUGCCUAGCGCAGCGGAGGAGGCCGUGGCCAACGGCAAGAACUCGUCCAAGGCUAUCAUCGUCCAGGACGACGGCGCCGAGAACACCAAGCCGGUCGACAAGGAGAAGAACAGGCCUGCUCGCCUGCCGAUCACCCCACCGGUUAUUGUCAACGUGCCGCCCACGCCAACCGAGAGCGAGAGUCCCAAACCCGCACCACAGCAGCACAAGGCUCUGCGUUCGUCCGACUCGACAGACACGGCGGCGAACGGAAAACCUAGCACCGCCGCGACUCCGCAAACACCACAGGCCAAGGCUACGCCGUUACCGCCUACACCAGUCGCUGCGGCUAUCAAGCCGUCACACACCGGCCGCUCAACGGCAAGCUCUACCGCUAGCGGCCGCGGACCACAGCAGGCCAUGUCACCGCUCCGCGCACAGGGGACGGGAGCGUCCCGCGGCAGCCGUACAAGCACCAGCUCUCGCGUAUCCGUCAGCCCCGUCAAGCCCACUGCGUCGAGUCUGGCCAAGACGCGGCCGCGUAUCAGCUCGCCGCCGUCCAGCCUCGCGUCGGCCUCGACGUCGCGCCACGCGUCCCCGCCGGUGCACACCCCAAAGACCCGUUCCCCCGCUGCUUCAGCCACGCCGUCGCGCAGUACCUCUGUCAAGACUCCGGCGUCGUCGCGCCUCCUCCAGGGUACAGCCGCCAGUCGCGCGCGAGCCGCCGCCGUCGCGGCCUCGUCGCCUCGUCGCCAGUCGCUGUCGCUGUCGCCGCCGACCAAGACGCCCGCGCCCGUGCUCAGGCGCACCACGUCGACGAGGCGGACCACGCCGACAAAGGGGCCCGGAGUCGCGUCGAGCGCGGGCGUGGCGUCUGCGUCUGCAGAGGCCGUUUCCGCCGCACGCGCACGGGCCGACGGGGUGCCUGCGGGGCCCAGCGACAGUGCCACGAGCAGCGUUGGCCGCGUGGAGCUCGCGGCCGCAGAGAACGCCCACGAUAAUGUCCAUUACGAUAACGAGGAGACCCACCAGACCCAGACGAAGACCCAGACCCAGACGAAGGCGAACAACGCCGACAAGAGUGCCGCGGCGGCGCACAUUGACGAGACCCACGACCUAGACACGCCCAGUGCCCGCGAGCACGACGACGACGCGCAUGACGAGGAGCAGCCAGAGCCAGAGUCUGAGCACGGGGUUGCGCACAACCGCAUCCGUACAGAGGAACCUGCGCCGGCCGCAGACAGCCUCGACGACAUGGCCGACAUCCCGGACAUGGAGUCGGACUAG